AUGAGUUCAGCUGGUAACUUGGCAACAGGAGAGUACCCAGCCGCAGCUGUGAAAAUUGCUGAGGAUCACUAUGACUUUGUCAUCGGCUUCAUCUCAGUUAAUCCAGCAUCAUGGUCAGGGGUACUGGUCAAUCCAGCAUUUAUUCAUGCAACCCCUGUAGUUCAAAUGGUUAUAUACUAUAGGGGCAGCGACAUUAUCAUUGUGGGUGGUGGAAUUAUAAAGGCAGCCGAUCCUGCAGAGGCAGCUUCUGAAUACAGACCUCAAGAAUGGGAUGCAUACUUGGCUAAGUGCUCCUAACACCAGUCUGCUCCAGCCCUAUCACAUGUCUGUAUGUUUUGGUAAUGAACAAAAGAACUGUGUUCAAUUUAUCACAUUGCUUGCGCUUUUGAGUGCAGUAUCUUCUUCGUUCA